UAACAGAAGCCAGGAUUUCUCACCAUUUGACCAGGAGUGUGUGGAUAGAUAUAAAAGAAUGGCUGAGAAGGAUAACUUCAAGAGCUAUGGCCACAGCACCCUGUGGAUGUCUAUCUACAUCAUCACCUUUGUAACUGGCUUUCCUGCCAAUGCUGUGGCUUUAUACACCUUUGUUAAGAAGGUGAGGCAGAAAGCCAUUCCCAUUGACAUCCUGCUCCUCAAUUUGAGCAUCUCAGACCUCAUCUUCCUGCUGUUCCUUCCUGUUAAGAUCAAAGAGGUGAUGGACAACAUGAUAUGGCAAAUGCCUGAAUUCCUUUGUUUUUUGACCAGCUUCGUCUUCUACACCACCAUCUAUAAUAGCAUCUUACUACUCACUGCCAUCAGCGUUGAACGUUAUCUGGGAGUGGCCUUCCCCAUCAAGUAUAAACUCAAAAGUCGGCCUCUGCACGCUGUCAUUGCAUCUUUCUUCUUCUGGGUGAUCUCCAUAGGACACAUUAGUGUUGUCUACAUCAUGGAAUCCUCUCACCCCUUCAACACCACCAACACAGAAUACAUGUGCUACAGUGAUUUCACAGAAGAUCAGUUGAACAUCCUGAUACUCUUUCGUCUGGAGCUCUUUCUGGUCCUAUUCUGUGUACCUUUCUUCAUCUGCAGCUUCUGCUAUAUCAAGUUUGUAUGUAUCCUCUCCCAGCUGCCAAACAUCUCCAAGAGGAAGCGCCUGCGAGCCAUUGGCCUGUCUCUGGCGACACUGCUGGUGUUCAUCGUCUGCUUCACGCCCUACAACCUGUCACACAUAGUAGGCUUUGUCAACUGGAAUAAUACCCCCUGGAGGGUGGAUGCACUCAUAUCCAGUGUCCUCAAUGCUAGCCUGGACCCCAUCAUCUUCUACUUCUCCUCUUUGGCCCUCAGAAGCACUUACCACCACUUCCUUAAGACCCUGCUGGAGAGGGUUCAAGGUUUGUGGUGCAGAUGUAAGACUCUCUCUUGGCCCAUGUUAGUCUGCCCCAGAAAUCAGAACAAGAUUACACCGAGCUCCAAUGACAACUCAUUAUAGUACAGCCAUGGACGUUUGACAUUAAGAUUAACAGUUCACUCUGGUCAAACAGCC